AAGCAUAGUGCUUAAGACAGCUCCCCCCAACACACGCACACGCAUAUACACAAGUACUGUUACGAUUUUUAUGAGUUCAUCACCAAGUCUUGCUGCUGUACCUGCUUCUAUGAGUUUUCAAUUUUUACCUACUUUAGGGUGCUCACGGACCUGGUUUCUGUCCCUUCUCAGCCCUUGUACCUGGCCGCGGCAACCUGGGUCCGGGCAGACGACGCUGAGGGCGCUGGGCUGACUCGGGGGUCUAGGCGGGGAGUUGCCAUGGCGCAGCGGAUUACCCCUGGAAGGGCCUCGGCACAGCCUGAGUUCUAUAAGCCCGGGACUGUGAGCUUCUCAGACGUAGCCGUGUACUUCUCCUCGGAGGAGUGGAGGUGUCUGCAGCCGGCGGAGAGAGCCCUGUACCGGGAGGUGAUGCGCGAGACCUACGGUCUUCUGGGCUCUCUCGGAGUCCGAGGCGCCAAACCAGCGCUCAUCUGCUGGGUGGAGGAAGAGACCGAACUGUGGGGACCCAGUGCCCAGGAUCCAGAAGUGGCCAUGUGCAAGACUGAAGUCCACUCAGAUUGCAGACAAGAGGAGAAAAGGGGGAAACCAAGGGAAGAGACUGAAGCCAUUCAGAGGACGUUUUCUACAGAAGCUGGGCCGAAGGAGCCAUGCCCCUCCUUUGCUGCUUCUCCGCGCUACCUGGAGCUGCUGUCCAAGGACCCUCAACAGGGUCAGCCCACUGUUCCUUUGCACGACACUGUCCUAAAAGCAGAUCAGCGUCAUGGGUGCCAUGUGUGUGGGAAGAGUUUUACCCGACAGUCCAAACUGGUGGAGCACCUGUACACUCACACAGGUGAAAAGCCGUUUCAAUGCUCAGAGUGUAACAAGUGUUUUGGCCGGGCUUCUUCCCUGAGCAUGCACCGAGCCAUUCACAGAGAACGGCCUCAUCGUUGCCCUGACUGUGGGAAGAGUUUUACCCAGCGGUCCACAUUGGUGGCGCAUCUGUACACUCACACGGGUGAAAAGCCAUUCCGUUGCCCUGACUGCAACAAAUCCUUCAGCUGGCCUUCUUCCCUGAGUACGCACCGGGCCAUUCACAGAGGGGAACGGCCUCAUUGUUGCCCUGACUGUGGGCGGGCCUUCACGCAUCGAUCUGGCCUCAUUACCCAUCUCCGAGUCCACACUGGGGAGAAGCCUUACUGUUGCGCUGAUUGUGGACGCUGCUUCAGCCAGAGCUCUGGGCUCAGUGAGCAUCAGCGGGUGGUGCACAGCGGCAUGACCCCGUUUAGUUGCACACACUGUGGCAGAGCCUUUGCCCGUGCCGCAUAUCUUCGGUGCCAUAUGCGCACCCAUACGGGUGAAAAGCCUUAUUCCUGCCCUGACUGCGGACGCUGCUUUCGCCAGGGCUCUGACAUGGCAGCCCACAGGCGGACCCACAGCGGCGAGCGUCCUUACCCCUGCCCUCAGUGUGGCAAAGGCUUUCCCACGAAGUCAGCUAUGACGAAGCAUCAAUGGGUCCAUCGGCCAGGAGGUAAAGGUCACAGGGACAGAAAAGCCAGUCAGUUAUCUGUAGCCCUGGGCACUGGCCAAGAGGGCCCGGACCCACCUGUGGGCUUCCAGCUUUACCCAGAGAUCUUCCAGGAGUGUGGGGCAUGGUCCUAAACGUGCCGACAUAGAGGGUGAAAUGUGUACACUGUGUGAAGCCCAGAGGCUUGAACCUAUAGCAUCCUCCAGAAGUCACAGGCGUUCUAGCAAGUGCUGGUCCUGGGAACAGGGUACAGUCUUCUAGGUGGUUACCAGAUGCAUCUGCCCACACCUGGAUCCUGAGUCUAUUGGGCUGGGGUGGGAAGCCCCACUAGAACUCUGUAUGAGAAGUUUCCCGUCUCAGAAGUAUUGAGAGGCUUGAGUUUGAAGAGAGCCUUAUUGAAGCCAUUGCCUCUUUAAUGCAGAGGCUAACGUCGAUGGCUCUGUGAAUUGAGCCAGCUGAGUUUUCAGGGAUUGAGUUACUGGUCAGGAGCCUGGUGUGGUGGUGCCUGCCUAUGAUCCCCUCACUGGGGAGGUAGA